UAUAACUUGAAACGUAAAAAUGUCGGGGCAGUCGAGAUUCGAAAUUGUAUGCCGCGAAGACGGACUUCAGCUGUUCAAGAUCAAGGGGGAAAUUCUCGCACUGGCCUUCUUUCUCGAUUUCCUGAAGUUAUGCGAAUUGCCGGGCUCGCGUAUAUAACAUGGCUCGCGCGAUAGGAUGUGAUUAGAGACAGCGACGACUUGUCUCGAUUUUUUUUUUUCAUGAAGAGUGUAAAAUAACCUACGAUUAGUAAUCCGACUGCUUUAAAAUAGUGUGAAAUGUACACACUUUUGUACGGAUUGUACAAGUAUCUUGUGCAAAAAGAUGAAUAUUUUAUAUUAAUAUUAGGACUUGACAAUGCCGGGAAAACAACAUACUUGGAGGCGGCAAAAACUAAAUUUACGAAAAACUACAAGGGUAUGAAUCCUAGCAAAAUUACAACAACCGUUGGUUUAAAUAUAGGAAAGAUUGAUAUCGCUGGUGUUCGUUUUAACUUUUGGGAUCUUGGUGGACAAGAAGAACUUCGGUCAUUAUGGGAUAAAUACUAUGCAGAAUCGCAUGCAGUAAUUUACAUUGUUGAUUCUUCAGAUCGUGAAAAGAUACCUGAAUCUAAGGAAACCUUUGAUAGAGUUAUAUCAUCAACGCACCUGAUAGGUGUACCUCUUUUAGUUCUAGCAAAUAAGCAGGAUGUGCCUGAUUGUAUGGGCGUUAGAGAAGUAAAACCAAUUUUUAAUCAAAAUGCACAUUUGAUUGGUCGAAGAGACUGCAUGGUAAUACCUGUUUCCGCUUUAAACGGGGAUGGUGUAGACGAAGGCAUUCACUGGCUGGUGAACUGUGUCAAGAGAAACAACGAUGUUCGGCCACCUCGUAAUCAGAAUGACAGUUAUCUGUCUUAAUAUGACCAUUCCUACAUUGUUUUAAAAUAUAGGUUAUUCUGUGAACAGUAUUUUAAUGUAUAAAAUGUGUGCAUUUACAUUAGAAGUAACUACGUUUCUACCAAUAAAUUUUGUUUUCUAAUUAAU